CUUGGUGUUAGUAGGCGAGAAAAGUAUAAUUCCAUUAUUAAAAGUCGAGAUUUACGUACGACAUUUGAAUUAACUGAUAAUUCACCUAGCAAAAAUUUUUACGCGACGUAUGUGAAGACGUGUAAAAUCAUUUUCAGUGUCGCAAGAAAAAGACAACAGAAUCACAUUUCUGCACCAAGAAAAAGUUGAAUAAUUUUGCAAAAGAACUAAAAACAUAAAGUGACACUUAAUUAAAUAUGUUUACAAAUCGCAAGCAAGUGGACGAGCAUGUCCACAAAAUAUUAAGUAAAUUGCCGCUUGGACCUGAGCGCGAUAUUAAAGGGUUUUCCAUAGCACGGCUGUACACGAAGAUACACGAAUAUGGCAAGGCCAUCGACUACUUGAUUCCCUACCUCAAGAUCAAUGAGGAGGCCAGCGUACACGCUCUCUUAGCCAAAUGUUAUCGACUUCUCGCAAAGCCGGAUAAUGCCAAAGCUUUGGAGCACUAUCAACGUUCGGUUCAGCUGUUUCCCAAACAACCGGAAGUCAUCAAGGAUGCUUGCGAAUUGCUGUGCAAGAACACCGCACUCUGCACAGCCGAAAGAGCCGCCUAUUGGCUAGAGCAGAGCAGCACAAUCGAUGAUCUGAAGGACAGUGAGGGGCUCUUUACAUUGCGUCUGCGUGCCGAGGGCAAAAUCGAUGGUGCGGAGCAGGAGAACUCCAUUGAAAUGCUCAUCCAAAAGGAGCUAUUGCAGCGUCCCCACGACAUGAAGUUGCAUGUGCGUCUGUUGCGUCAUUUGUUGGAGACAAAACGCUACGACGAGGCCUUCAACUAUGCCCACAAAGUGGAAUUCGCCAAGCCGGCUCAGUGUGAAGCUAGCGAUUGGUAUGAUGUAGUUUGGAAGGCGCUGCAAAGGCGCGAACAGAGCAAAGAGAGCGCCAGAGAUUGGUCCUAUUGGCAGUUAAUGCUGCUCACCCUGGAUCGCCUCAUUCAGCUCAGUCUGCAGUCGGAGGCCACCAGUAGUCUGUCGGAGAGUAUUGGUCAGCUCUUUAAACUGGAUCAGAGCAUACACAAGUUCAGUCUGCUUGUCGAGCAGUUGACGGCCAACGAUAGUCGAGAGUUCCAUCAAUGCUGUCUGGAUCAUUAUGCCGGACAGCUGCUGUUGCAUGCCGCCUCGUUGCUAUUCAAACGCGAGUUGCUGGGUAAGAAGAACAAGUGGUCGCAAACAGUGCGUUCGGCAUUGCCGCUGUUGCUGCUGGGCUAUCAAGUGAACGCGCAGCACAAGGACAAGGAUGCCUAUUGGCAGCGUCAUUGCAGCGCCGAACAGCUGAAGCUGUUGCAACUGUGGCGUUGUCAGAGCGCCUUUCGUUGCGCGCAGUUGGGACGCACACUCUACGGUUGUCUCCAGAAACCCCAGGACGCCGAGCUGUGGAAGGAAAAGCACCAGCAGCAACAAGCAACGCCCGGGCUUUGGUCCGGUAUCGAUGAGCUGCUUGCGGCGGCCCGGCAAUACUGUGCGGACAAUCAGUGGCGCUCGCAGCUGUACCAACAGCUCUACACGCAUGCAGAGCACAAGCUGAAGGAGUCAACAUCGUUUCUGGUGCGCAAUCAACGGCUACAGCAGCCGCUGUACGAAUGUCCAUCAAUUGCCGAGAUCGAGGGCUAUGAGCAUGAGGCUUUAUUGCUGGAGCCCCACACGCUGGAGUUGCAUGUGUAUUUGGCGCUGUGUGGCGACAAUUUGGCGGAGGCGCCGCGUGUGCGUUUCCUCAAGAAUUUGCGACACGAGUGCAAACUUGGUUUGACCUAUUGCGGCAUUGAUUCGCUGUGCCAAGUGGACGUCGAGGUCUUUCUCUACUUCGUUGUGUUGCAGGCGCAGCGCAAGUUGCAAGUGCUGCACGAAACCUACGCCAGCCUUCAUGCCGGCAAUGUUAAGGCCACAGCCAGACCACAUAUGUUGCCAUAUGCCAAUCUGAUGGGACGCGAUGAACUGGUCACCCCAGAGCAAUGCAACUGGUGGAGCAUUGUCCAACGUUUGCAGUUGAACUCGCAGCUGAGCGAGGCCAGCAAUCGCAUGGAACAGCGCGAGAAACUUAAGCGCGGCAUUGAAGCGUUACGCGGCGUUGCCGGCCCCCAGGCCGAGAUCAUUGCCGUUUUUCAGGUGGCCAAGUUGCUAGCUAGUCGCGCCGAUACCAACAAAAUGGAUGCACGCAUCGAGGCACUUAACAAGCUUGGCAUUAAUAUGAUGCGUCGUCACAGUCAUCAGCAGCUCGAGCCAUUCUACAGAUACUUUAAAUACGAACAGAUUCAGGCCAGCGACAUUUGGCUGCAGACGCAGCAGCUGGCAGAGGAUGCUGUGAGCUAUUUGAGCAGUCGCCUCUUCAACAAUGGUCUCUACGAGGAAUUCCUAACCGAGAUUCGUGGCCUGCAGCUGCCCACAGCGAUUUAUCUGCAAGCCGAAGCCUAUCGCCAAAUGGCCGACUCGAAUCGUGCAUCACGCAUCUCGCGCCAAAACUUUCAAGAGCGUCGUGGCGAGUGUUUGCGUCAGGCGACACAAUUGUUGGCCAAUCAAGCGGAUCAUCCGCUGCAAGCUGUGGUGCAGCGUGAACUCAAAUCGCUCAUGGUUGGCGACGAGAGUUUUACAUCAAACGAUCGCCACAAUAAUUCCAGCACCUACGAGGAUGCCGAGGAUGAUUACUACGCUGCGGCAGCGGUCACAUUAAAUCGCUCAAAGCGCCACGAGCAGCAACUCCAACAGCAGCAGCUGCAAUUGCAGCAGCAGAGCUUCAAUAAUGAGCUGGACCAGGCCGUCAAGCAGAUGAGCAAACAGUUAUGUGUGCUCAAGGAGGAUGUUGGAGUUGGCAUCGACGGUUUGCGACAAGACAUCAAAGGGCUGACCGACAAGUUGAGCUCCAUCGAAGAAUUGCUCAAGAAGCUAAAAAUUGGCAGCACUGCCAGUCGUGAUACGCCCACUCGUGAUGUCGAUGCGGCAGCUGCUCUCGGGCUGGAGGAAUUCUUCAACAUGGAGGAUGCACAGCAGACAAAUUUUAUGAACGAUCGCUUCUAUUCACCAGCUGCAGCGGCGAUUCCGCCCAAUCCCUUGUUCAACCAGAACCAGAUGUACAACUAUUAUGCGAGCCAAGCGCAGUUCAUGCGCAAUCCACAGGCACCCAACUUCUACGGACAACGUGGAGCUGGCAAUUAUAACAUGCCCCCUAACAUGUUCCCCAACGCAGGCACCGCACCAUUUAUGGAUGGCCUCAAUUAUGGCAUGACGGUGCCACCACCGAGUCUCGUGAUGCCACAAGUGUCGCAGCCCCAGCCACCAAUAAUGUCCAUCAACCAGCCUCCAGCGCAAUCCAACUUGCAGCUAAAUCCUGGCGCCAACUUCUUCAAUGGUUCGCCUUUUGUUCCGUCGCCCAUUCAGACGACGCCAGCUCCGGUUGUGCCCCAGGUUCCGCCGCAACUGCCCGCUGUGAUUCAACAGACACCUUUGGUGACUCACAAGCCCAUCACUGUACCACCUCCAGCUGUAGUUGCUGCUCCGGCUCCUGCUGCAGUGGCAGCUCCAAUUGUUGCACCACCAAUUGUGCCACCAACUGCGGCUGCACCACCGCCAGCGAUCUUCAAUCGCGCGCUCAACAAUCAACCGGUUGAAAAGGAGCCACCCGCCAAUGUGGUCAUCACCAGCUCCGAUCCGCUGCCCAAGCCAGCAGUGGCCGCUGCCCAGCCCACGUUGAGCGUCACCAUUCCAGCGCAGCACAUUAAACCCAGUCUGGUACAGCCUGCAGAACCGCCGCAGCCAGUUUUGGCCAGCAACGACUUUAAAUUCAGUCUAAACAACAACAACAAGGUGGCUAAUGAUACGAGCAGCAUCUUCCAGGGCUUCGGCACCACGAGCUCCAACUCCACAUUCUCGUUCAAGACACAAGUGGCGCAGGCGGCAGCAGAGAAGCAAAAGGAACUAGCUGCCGAGGCAGCAGCUGCAGCGUCCACCAGUGUGCACAACGAGAGCGAUCACAAUCAGAGCGCUGGCCAGGAUGCAUCCGCCGAACUAGACUAUGAUCCGCGUCCCGAUUUCCAAGGCAUUAUACCGCUGCCCGACGAGGUGGAAGUGCGCACUGGCGAGGAGGAUGAGGUGGUGAGCUUCAGUCAUCGCGCCAAACUGUUUCGCCAUGUGGAUCACGAGUGGAAGGAGCGUGGCAUUGGUGAAAUCAAGAUAUUGAAGAACCAGGCCACCGGCAGCACACGUAUUCUGAUGCGUCGCGAACAGACGCACAAGAUUUGUGCCAAUCACAAAAUUACGGCAACCAUGCAGUUGACUACACCAGAGCAGGACAAGGAGGGUAAAUCCUUUUUGUGGGGUGCCAACGAUUUUGCCGACGAGAAAUUGCAGCUGGAGAAGUUCCUAGUGCGCUUCAAGUUGCCAGAGACUGCACAGCGCUUCAAGACAGCCUUCGAGGAGGCUGCGAAAAAUGCCAAGACAGCGGAGGCCAAGUUGACCGUGCCUGCCAAGCCAAGUCUCGGUUUUGUGACGAGCACGCCAGCGCCAAAUACGCAACAGAAGAGCAUAGACCCGCCGAAGAGCAUUGUGGCUGGCACAAACAACAACAACGAUGCCGCCGCUUCUUUGGUGUCCAAGUCGCUUUUUGGCAAUUUGACCAUUGGCUCCUCGAGCAGCAGCAGCAGCUCAACAACAGCAACAACAACAACUACAAGCAGCAAAGUGUCAACUGCACCGUUUGCCAACUUUAGCUUUGGCGGCAUUGGCAACGCUGCCAAGCCGAACUUGUCCUUUGGCAGUCUGGCAGCUCCGGACACCAGCACGAACACCAGCAAUGCUGGCUACACCACAGCCUUCAACUUUGGCAGCAAUCUAAGCAGCAGCAACAUCACCGAUAGCACCUUGCAAUCACAGACAGCAGCAGUGAAAGCAGCUGAAGCCGAAGCUGAGGCUGUGGAGGAGUAUGUGCCCACCGCACACUUCGAGCCAGUCAUACCGUUGCCUGAGCUGGUGAAGGUUGUCACGGGUGAGGAGAAUGAAGUUGUGCUGUUCGAGUAUCGCGCGAAACUGUUGCGCUUCGACAAGGAGAACAACGAGUGGAAGGAGCGCGGACUGGGAGUGAUGAAGGUGCUGCAACAGAAAGACGAUCCUACUCAGGUGCGUCUGCUGAUGCGUCGCGAGCAGAUCUUUAAGUUGUGCUGCAAUCAGCGUCUGUUGCCCACCACUGUCUUCACCUAUGCCAAGAAUUCGGAGACUUCGCUCACAUGGGCUGGCCAAGAUUUUGCCGAUGAGGAGCUGUCGCUGGAGAUGCUGUGUGUGCGCUUCAAGACCGCCGCGACAUGCAAACAAUUCUAUGAUACGGUGCUCAAGGCUCAAGCGGCGAUGUCGCAAAACUCCAAGGAGGUGACACAACCGGAAAACAACAAGGAUAAGCCAGAGGAAAAACCGGUUACGAAGGGCUUUGGCGAUGCCUUCAAGCCCAAGGCGGGCAGCUGGACCUGCGAAGGUUGCUACACCAAUAAUACAGCCACGCAGCUCUAUUGCCUGGCCUGUGAGGCGCCCAAGGAUGCAACAGUUCCACCCAAGGCAGCCACGCUGGAUCAAAGCGGCGCUUUGAAUUUGAGCAGCAGCGCUGGCAAAUUCAGUUUUGGAUUCCCAGCAGCAACAGCAGCUACAACCAACAGCUCAACUGUAGGAGGAGGUGGAUUUACUUUCGGAGCUCCAGCAGCGGAGAAGAAAGUCGAGCCGCCAGUGGCCAAUAACAAUGCUAAGCCAGCGGUUAGCUUUGCCCCAGUAGUCCCGCCAGCAGCAGGUGCAGCACCUUUAUCCAAUUUUGGUGAUUUAUUCAAGCCAAAGGCCGGCAGCUGGUCCUGUAAAGAUUGCUAUACCAACAAUGAUGGUGGCCAGCUUUACUGUUUGGCUUGCCAGGCGCCCAAAGACGACACUGUCCCCAAGAAGGAGAAUACAUUGGACACCAGCGGAGGCAUUACCUUCCCAGCACCCACAACUAAGUUUUCAUUUGGUUUUGGAGCACCAGCUGCAGCCGCCACUGCAGCUCCUGUUGUUGCACCAACUACAGCUCCAAUUGUUGCUCCAACUCCAGCUAUUGGCAGCGAGACAUUCAAUUUUAAAAUCAAUGAAACCAAGGAAAAAGGCGAUGCCCCAAUCUUUGGUUCCAGCAGCUUCAACUUUAAUGCGUCGACAACACCUGCAGCCAGUUUGACCUCGAACACAUUCAGCUUUAGCAUGCCCAAAGCGCAGCCAGUGCAGCCCAAGAGUCCAGGUGGCGGUGCUGGCGAUGACGAUGACAGCCACGUCGAGGAGGAGGAGAAUGGUGCUUAUUUUGCACCCGUCAUUCCCCUGCCGGAUAAGAUUGAUGUCAAAACGGGCGAGGAGGAUGAGGAGGUGCUCUACUCGCAGCGCGCUAAGCUUUAUCGGCUGGCCGACAAUACGGAAUGGAAGGAACGCGGCUUGGGUCUCGUGAAGAUUCUGCGUCACAAGGAGACAAAGAAUUUGCGUGUGGUUAUGCGUCGCGAGCAAGUGUUGAAGCUCUGCCUAAAUCAUGUGCUCAAUGCGAGCGUUGUCUACAAGCCGAAGGACGAGAAAUCUCUGUUGUUUGCCGCCUUUGAUUUCAGCGAAGGGGAAUCCGUCUUGGAACGUUUCGCCUUGCGCUUCAAAACCGCCGAGAUUGUGCAGGCUUUCCUCAGUGCAGUGAAGAGCGCUCUCAAUGGCACCGCAGUUGCGCAGCCCGUUGAUAUUCAGAGUCCCCAACAGCCAAGUUCCAGCACAUCCGCUGGCAUUUCAAAUGAGACCCAGACAUUGGCCGAUAAGCUGCAACUUAAUCCCGAAUUCCUCGUGGCUGAAACGAAAUGCAGUGGGUGCCGUGGCUGCGAUGAGGACAAAUUUGUCUGGACAGCAACUGUGCCGACCGAGAAUAAGGACGUUGUCAAGUCGUUGCCGUUAACGUUGCCCGCCCUAAAGUUGCCACCACCAAAGGCACAGGGCAUAUUGGCACCACCCAAUCGAACUCUGCUUAAGGCCAGCACAUUAGAGGCCAACACCACAAACAGUAAUUUCGGCAGCUUUGGUGGCUUCAGCACUGCUGUCUCAGCCAACUCAACGGCCACAGUUGGCUCCUUCUCCAAGCCAGAAGAACCACCAAAAGGUGGCUUUCUUUUUGGUCACUCUGACAAAUCAGUCUUCGGCCAGUCGCUAUUCAGUGGCAGCAGCAAUCCUGCCAAGCCGCAGGGGUCAAUAUUUGGUGGCUCCAUUGCAGCCGACAAAUCGUCCGAUUCCCCAAAAGUAUCGAUAUUUGGCAACCCAGUAAAUCCACCGACUGCAGUUACCGCCAAACCAGAUGAGGGCGUCAAGUCUAUCUUUGGUUCUUCAAUAUUGACGAGCAAUAACACCUUUGGUAGUAACACUAGCAACAGUUUCUCAUUCGGCGGCUUGGCGGCAAAGGGUGCCGCUACCACGGCAGACACAGAACCCAAAAAACAAGAAACUAACAACAAAGAUAAUACACUGAAGGAGGCGCCGUCGACGCCAAAUUUCUUGGAGAUAGCAUCGCGGGGAGGUGUGGAUUUUGCCAGUUUGGCAGCCAAAGGAGGCAGUGGCAGUCAACCGAUUGGUUUCCAAAAGUCUGAAACUGGUGGCUUCUAUGGUCUGACACAUCAGAAUGAUUUUAAGCACUUUAAGAAUCCUUCGACGUCCAUACAAUCGCAAAAUGAUGGAGAAGCUGACUCCUCAAAUACAGGCGAUACCACCAACGAUGAGAAUUAUGAUCCACACUAUGAACCCAUCAUUGCUCUGCCCGACGAGAUUGUCGUCAGCACUGGCGAGGAAGACGAGAACCAAUUGUUUUGCCAGCGAACAAUGCUUUAUCGCUACGAUGCGGCAAAUAAGUUAUGGAAGGAGCGAGGUGUAGGCGAAGUAAAGAUUCUAAAGCAUAAAACAACAAACAAAGUACGCUUAAUAAUGCGACGAGAGCAAGUCCACAAACUGGUGCUCAACAUGCCGGUCGGUGCGAGUUUUACGAUUGACUAUAUGCAGGAUUCGAAGAAAAGUCUUGCCUAUGGUGGGCUCAACUAUGCGGAGGAUGAGAAAGGAGAGCUCGAGCGGCUUGCCAAUCGAUUUAAAAAGGAAGAAAUUGCCGGCAGUUUCCUUGGAAUUAUUAGGGCCUGCAUAAAGGAUGCCAAAGAAGACAAACAAUCGGAGUCAGAUGGCGAAACUGGAAAUGAUGAUACACACUAAGAUGAAAGCUAAACGUUAAUGUAUUUUUUGUUGUAUAAAAUUCACAUGAAAUAAAUAUGGAUAUGAUUUCUACUCGGUAAAUUGCCGUUAAUAGUAAACAAAAAAAUACAAUUCUUAUCGACCUGUUA